AUGUCUGGGGUGAAAGAUCAAAGUGCAAUCACGGAUUUUCUGUUCUUUCCCUACAGGCUUAUCCUAGCAGCUAACAGAGAUGAAUAUUACCACAGGCCCUCGAAAUGCGCCGAUUUUUGGGACAGUAGCAGUGAGAUUCUCAGUGGCUUGGAUAUGGAAGAAGGGAAAGAAGGCGGGUCCUGGCUUGGCAUCAGCAGGAAAGGCAAGAUGGCCGCCUUGACCAAUUACAUGCAGCCUCAGAUAAACAAGCAGGCGAAAGGAAGAGGUGCCCUGGUGACCAAUUUCUUGACAUCAGAAAUGGACAGCUACUCUUAUUUGAAGAAAGUGGCCUCGGAAGGACACCUUUACAACGGCUUUAAUUUGAUCGCAGCAGACUUAAGCACCACUAACGGAGAUGUAAUUUACUAUUACGGAAACAAAGGAGACCUGGAACCUCUCUUCCUAAAUCCCGGGGUAUACGGCUUGAGCAAUUCUUUGCUGGAUACGCCCUGGAAGAAACUUCAGUAUGGAAAACAGCUUUUUACAGAUGUCAUCAAACACAGCCAGAACCUCAAGAAAGAGGAGCUGAUCCAGGAGCUGAUUAAACUGAUGAAUAACCAGGACCCUCAGCUUCCGGACCCUGCCAUGGAGGAUCAGGGAAAGGAUUACGUCCUUCCGUUCCUAAACAAGUACGCAGCUCUGUGUGUCCGAUGCCCAAAUUAUGGAACCAGGUAA